ACAUAUUCAUAUUUUAUUUUUAUGAUUAAGAUUGUUUAUAUUUAAAAAUAAAAAUAAAUUGAACUGUUACCCUGACCCAAUUUACUUAAAAGAAUCUACUUAUCAUUACCUUUUUUUCUUUUUGAAUUAUAAUGAUAAAUUGGGUACACAAUUUUAGGGAAACGUGACUGUACAACUAAUUAAAUGGGUCAGUGAAACCUUAUGGUAGAAAACUAACUGUUGUUUUACUAUGGCUUUUAAUGCUCUAGUUGUUUCCUCUGUGGUUGUGCCACUUACAUAUUACACCUAUGCUUUUGAUUCAGUUCUUUAUACACAUUUUAAAGAAAGGUUUAUAUUUGUUGAGGUGUAAAUUAAUUUUUAUUUUUAUGGAUAUUACUAAUAAUAAAUUCGAAAAAUUUGAAUCAGAAGAUAAUCAUGAUAGUGUUACGCCUACAACAUAUAAAAGGAAAAUUUUUGGACGUCAAAAAACCUUAUCGGAGACUUCAAUUUAUAACCCCAUUGACCCUCAAGAACGGAAGAAGAGUAGACAAAAUAGUUUUGCGGAUAAAACCCUAGAUUGCAUUACACAAUGCUUUUGGCAAUGCUCAUCUUGUUAUCAAUGCAAUGAAAAAUCUUAAUCAAACAAAUUCUGGCAGUCUUAACAAUAAACAAUAAAUAGUAUGAUUUAAA